AUGAUUUAUAUUCUUGUUCUUGUCCUUUUAUUAUUAUUUCCCCCCCAAACUAUAGUAGUAGCUUUUACUACCCACCAGAUUGCAAAACCUUAAAUAAACAUCCAACCGAAUAUCAUAAACCCAUUAUGAUUCCUUCUCCUCCUCCUAGAUGAUCAUCCCUUGACAAACUAACUAGCUAGCUCUAGUACAACCCAUUAUCAUCAUCAUCAUCAUCUUCUUCAUAUAUUAUUAAUGGCUACAGCAAUAACAGUACUACUACAACCCUUCUUCUCCACUCCACCAUGUUUUUCUGUCAAAAACCUUGUUAAUAAUAAUUACACUACUCAAAUGUCCAUGUAUCAUCAUCAUCAUCAUCAUCAUUCAACUAAGAACAAGAACAAGAACAAGAACAAUAACAACAAUAACAAGAACAAGAAGGCAUUCUCUAUUGAGAUCAGAUCUUCCUCUAUAUGCAGCAGAACCAGGAAGAAUAAGAUUUUCGAGGAUCAACCCAAAGGUAUUAUCUGUUUCAGAGAUGAAUUAACAGGAGAAAUCACUUGUGAAGGCUACGACGAGGGUCCUCGUUCCCCAAAUAAUUAUCAUCAAAGAGAUGCAGCAGAGAUCAUUGAUCUUCUCCUUAUUCACAAGACCUGGAACCAACUUGUUAUUAAUGGAAUGGGAGGAGACCAAACUCAAACUGCCUUUCCUAAUCAUCAUGCUUUCACUUAUUGGGAUAAUUAAUAUCUAUUAUUAUAUGAUGGAUCUCAUUCCUACUAGUUACCUACCUACCUACCUACACUUGUGUAUGUACUCAAAAAUAAUAUAUAUGCCUUCCUGGGCAGCAUCUUAUAAACUAACUACUUGAUAAUUAACAACAUGAAUCAACUAUAAAAAAAAAAAAAACAUACCAGACAUGAGUACGCCGUGUCGUGCUAAUCAGGAGAAGUCCCGUCUUGUUGUUGUUGUUGAAGGACAUUGUUGUUAUCUUCAGAGAGGAAUGUGUCUUUUUUCGCGCAGUUUUCUUCAGAGAAGUCUGUCUGGGAAUUACUUGUAAUAAUAGAAGGUGGAGACCAUUGAUCAGGUACCAUGGGAAAAUAAGUAGUCAUGGCUUUUCUAAACCUCUUCUUGUAUUGCUUAGGCGAUAUAACAGUAGGAGAAGCGUUCUUCGGUCCGCCCAGAAUCCCAGAAGCCUUCACCCAUGUUUCUAGAUGUUUAUCCCAAGUAUACUGUCUCAUGAAAUCUAUUAUACCCACUACUAGUUCGUGUU